AUGCACGCCCCAUCUUGGGAAGGCCGAUUGCGGCAAACCGCCGACCGCGCCGCCAACGUCCUCCGGCGCAAUUGGCAUCUCGGCUUCACCUCCUUCGGAGGGCCGCCGGUGCACUUCAAGAUUUUUCACGACCGAUUCGUGCUGCGAUUGCGAUGGAUCGACGAGCAGAUGUAUCAAGAGCUUUUCAGCAUCUGCCAGGCCCUAUCGGGUCCAGCAAGCACCAAGAUGCUGUACUGCAUCAACCUGAUUCAGAACGGCUUUUUCGGCGCCGUCCUGGCCUUCUUCAUCUGGAGUCUCCCCGGUGCGCUAGGAAUGUACGGUCUCUCAGUCGGUGUCUCCAACAUCGGCUCUUCUCUGCCACGUGCUGUCUACGCCCUCCUCUCUGGCCUCAACGCCGCCACCGUGGGCAUCAUCGCCCUCGCGGCCGUUGAGCUCUCGCAAAAGGCCAUCACUGACAAGCUCACCCGCACCCUCGUGUUCCUCGCCGCGGCGGCGGGCAUGAUGUAUAACGCCCUAUGGUACUUUCCUGUUCUCAUGGUGGCGGGCGGAUGUGCGGCCGUCGUCCAUGAUUACCGCUGGGUCCACAAGCCUGCGCGGAGGGUGCUGGCGAUGGUGAGAGCUGUAACCGGGAAAAAGAGAGAGAGGUCUAGCAGAGACGAAGAUGCCCGAGGAGUCGAGUUACAAGAUAGCCCGGGUGAAGAUGCCGGAAAGGGUGUCGUCGGGAUGUCUUCGGCAACAGCAUCCCGCGUUUCGGUGCCGGGGCAGCCAAACGCCCGUGAAUCCGGGGAUGGGGCGGGACAAAGCGCACCGUCGCAGGAUGAAGAUGCCACCCACAGAUCGAUAGCCGACUCGGAGCCUCGUGUUGUCCCAAAGGAGUUCCGCCUCGACUUCUCCUGGAAAGCCGGCACUGCCAUUACCCUUUCCUUCUUGUUGACUUUCAUCGUGGUGAUGAUUGUCCGCGGAGUGGUCAAGGACCUGCCUAUCCUUUACAGGCUGUUUUCGAACCUCUAUCUCGCCGGUACCAUCAUCUUUGGAGGUGGGCCAGUUGUCAUCCCCUUGUUGCGGGAGUAUAUCGUGACCGAGAACUGGGUCUCCCCGCGAGACUUCCUCAUCGGCCUGGCCAUUGCCCAAGCUUUCCCUGGACCAAACUUUAACUUUGCCGUAUUUCUAGGCGGACUGACUGCGAUCAAUGCGGGUCAGUCAUCUAUCGCAGGCGCCCUCAUCGCUUUUAUCGGUAUCUUUACCCCAGGCAUUGUGCUGGUUCAUGGCACCAUGGGCAUUUGGGGCGUGUUGCGGAGUCGGCCGUGGGUGAAGGCUGUCGUCCGUGGCGUAAACGCAAUGGCUGUAGGUCUAAUAUAUACCGCCGUCUAUCGUAUAUGGCAAGUCGGCUACCUUGACGAGGGAUUCCAGGCCGGGCGUAGUCUGGGAGAUGAUCCGUGGUGGGUUGUUAUUACGGCGACGGCCUACAUCGGGGGCAGGUACUACGGUGUCGCGGCGCCGUUUGCAAUCUUGCUUGGAGCUGUGAUGGGACUGGUUCGGUAUGGCGUUGUUUCGGGGCGGGGGUAG